GACAAACUUUAUCAUACCAGCCUGACGGAUCAACGCGCAGAUUUUUAGUUACAUAAUGCAAGUAUCAUGAGUGUGUGUUGAUAGAAAGUUACUCGCGAAGAUGGUCGGGAUAACGCCGUAUACUUGCAGAAAUGCACUUCGUCAAAUCAGAAGUUUGCACACUGCAGUGAUUCAAAAUGCUGAAGCCAGAUUAAAGACCUUUUCAAUUUAUCGUUGGAAUCCGGACAAGCCUGAUGAAAAACCAUAUAUGCAGAAAUAUAAGAUUGAUCUGAAUACUUGCGGACCGAUGGUGCUGGAUGCACUGAUUAAAAUUAAGAAUGAGGUUGAUCCAACUUUGACAUUCCGUCGUUCUUGCCGUGAAGGUAUUUGUGGAUCUUGUGCUAUGAAUAUUGGAGGAACAAACACACUGGCAUGUAUUAGCAAAAUUGAUAAAAACACAAGCUCAUCAUGUGACGUUUAUCCCUUACCACAUAUGUAUAUUGUCAAGGAUUUAGUGCCAGAUUUAAAUAAUUUUUACGAACAGUAUCGUAGUAUACAGCCUUGGCUACAGCAUAAAGAUGCAAAGAAAGUUGGUAACCAACAGUAUUUGCAGAGUGUAGAAGAUCGCAAAAAAUUGGAUGGUCUCUACGAAUGUAUCCUCUGUGCUUGCUGCAGUACUUCUUGCCCAUCUUAUUGGUGGAAUGGUGAUAAGUAUUUAGGCCCUGCAGUACUUAUGCAAGCGUAUAGAUGGAUUAUUGACUCGCGAGAUACUCAAACAAAUGAGCGUUUGGAGAAAUUGAAGGAUCCAUUUUCAGUUUACCGCUGUCACACAAUCAUGAAUUGUACACGUACUUGUCCAAAGGGUUUGAAUCCUGGAAAGGCGAUAGCGGAAAUAAAGAAAUUGUUAGCUAAUAUUAGUCAAAAACCACAACCAGAACUUACAGCGACUCCAUAACUAAGGGAAGUCAGGUAGAAGCAAUAAGUUCAAUAUAUAUAUAUCCGUCUUACAUUAUACUACGUGCACAGCGAAUAUAUAUAUAAUCAGUGUAAUAUACUUCGUACAAUCGAAGAUGUGCAGAUCUAGUGGAUAAAAUAUUUUAGCAAUCAAAAAUUCGCUGUUACACUCUAUCUUUAAAUAAAACAGAUUUCCUACCAUGUGGAA